AUGACUGACAUUGCUGCUAGUUAUGGGAAGAAAAAUGGUAUUUGGUAUGCUGCCCCUGGAGGUCAAGGAUGGAGCAAAGCGCCAAGCCGCAAGGCUUCAAUAGUCGAAACCGAUGUUCCACCUCCUGGCGGCGGUCCCAUUAAACCGAGCACUGGACGCGUCAUAAGAAUAAUUAAUAACAUGGACCAUACUGUUCAGUGUCGAGUUCUACUCAACCUCCGUACGACCCAACCGUUUGAAGAAGUGCUUGAAGAUUUAGGGCAAGUACUAAAAAUGAAUGGUGCAAAACGUAUGUACACUGUAUCAGGACAAGAAGUUCGGAGUUUUUCCCAACUUCGAAAUGAAUUUGCCGACGUCGAUACGUUUUAUUUGGGCGUAGGUAGUGUAGGCGGGGGAGCAACACCAGCUGUUAUGCUAUCACCUGUCCGAAGAGCGAGAUCAAGAGCUCCUCAAACCGCUAUUGUUGAAGACAUUAGUAAACAGAGAAGGGCGAGAAGUAAGAGUAGACCAAGAGCACUAUAUGCUCCAGAAAGUGAAAUUAUUAGAACCAAUGAUUAUACAUUAUUGGAAGUGUUAAAGGAAGAACCAGUUCGAGUUACAAUCAAGGGUUUACGAAGAACUUUUUAUCCUCCUAUUCAUCAUGCGCCCGUAGACAAUACUCCUCCCGAAAAAAAAAUGGCUUUAGAAUGGGUAUAUGGUUACCGAGGGACAGAUUCUAGAAGGAACCUUUGGGUUCUCCCAACAGGUGAAUUACUUUAUUUUGUUGCUGCCGUAGCUGUUAUGUACGAUAGAGAUGAGGAAACACAAAGGCACUAUACUGGACAUACUGAAGAUAUACAAUGUAUGGAUUUACAUCCAUCUCGGGAAAUGGUAGCAUCAGGUCAACGAGCGGGUAGAAAUAGGAAAACUCAAGCACAUAUAAGAAUUUGGAGUACGGAAACUUUACAAACGUUGUAUGUUUUUGGUAUGGGCGAAUUUGAAGUUGGAGUUUCAGCCGUAGCGUUUUCGCAAUUGAAUGGUGGAAGUUACGUCUUAGCUGUGGAUGCAGGGAGAGAAAGUAUUUUAUCUGUUUGGCAGUGGCAAUGGGGUCAUCUUUUAGGAAAAGUGGCCACUCUACAGGAAGAACUUACAGGAGCAGUUUUUCAUCCUUUAGAUGAUAAUUUAAUGAUAACUCAUGGAAAAGGUCAUCUUACAUUUUGGAAUAGAAGAAAAGAUGGAUUUUUUGAAAGAACUGAUAUUAUUAAACCGCCUUCCAGGACGUUAAUAACCUCUUUACAGUUUGAACAAGAUGGAGACGUAAUAACAGCUGAUAGUGAUGGUUUUAUAACCAUAUAUAGUGUAGACGCUGAUGGCGCUUAUUUUGUGCGAAUGGAAUAUGAGGCUCAUAACAAAGGUGUUAGUUCCUUAAUCAUGCUCUCCGAGGGUACAUUGCUAUCAGGUGGUGAAAAAGAUCGAAGAAUAGCAGCAUGGGAUAGUUUGCAGAAUUACAAAAAGAUAACAGAUACUAAACUUCCUGAUGUUUUUGGGGGCGUCAGAUCAAUUUAUCCACAGCGACCUGGUAGAAAUGAUGGCAAUAUAUACGUUGGAACAACAAAAAAUAAUAUUUUAGAGGGAUCUUUACAGCGAAGAUUUAAUCAGGUUGUUUUUGGUCAUGGAAGACAGCUUUGGGGCUUAGCAGUCCAUCCGGAUGACGAAGUAUUUGCUACAGCAGGUCAUGACAAAAAUAUUGCUCUUUGGAGGAAAAACAAACUUAUAUGGGUUACUCAAGUAUCGUUUGAAUGUAUAUCCUUAUGCUUCCAUCCAUUUGGUGUUGCACUGGCAGUAGGAAGUACUGAAGGACAUCUAUUAAUAAUAAAUUCCGAAUCUGGAGUUGUGGUUAACACUAUUCGAGUUUGUGGAUCUCCUUUGAACUGUGUAGGAUACAACCCAACUGGAGAUCUGAUAGCAAUAGCCUCACAAAAUGGAAGUAUUUACUUAUUUAGGGUAAGCAGAGAUGGAUAUUCCUAUAAAAAAUCAAAUAAAAUAAGGGGAGCUCAACCGUUGAUGCAACUAGACUGGAGUUCAGAUAGUAACUUUAUUCAAACUGUCACUGCCGAUUACGACUUAUCAUUUUGGGAUGUAAAAACUUUGUCGCCAGAAAAAAGUCCAAUUGCAGUCAAAGACGUAAAAUGGUUUACACAUAAUUCAACAGUUGGAUUCUUAACAGCUGGAAUUUGGAAUAAUAGAUUCUAUCCUAUGACAUCAAUAAUAAGUACAGCAAGUCGAUCUGCAGCCCACGAUUUAUUGAUUUCUGGAGAUACCGAUGGAUACCUUAGAUUGUUUAGGUAUCCAUGCAUAAGUCCAAAAGCGGAAUAUAACGAGGAAAAAGUAUACAGUGGUACCGUAGCCUGUGCAAGAUUCUUGUUUAACGACAGAAAUGUCGUCACUGUCGGUGGAACCGAUGCGUCGUUAAUGCUAUGGCAGUUAAUGGAAGAAUAGCAACAAGCGUAUGUCUACCUGCCUUCUUUAAUUAAUAGAGGGAUUGUGAGAGACACUGUGAACUACCAAAUAGACUCAGAUUCUACAACUGAAUCUGAACUUUCCACGUUUGAAGUUUUAAAUUUACGAUAUUGAAAAGAACAAAUGCGAGAGGGACACAUUGAUAGUUUCCUACAACAAACAAACUAUUAAGUAAAUCAAUAUUUUUCAACUUCUUGUCCCUAUAGGCUCGAAGCUUCUUGUUAAGAAUUUGAUUGUUGAUAUAAUUUUUAUUUUAAUUUCUUACAAAAAGAAUAUUAAACAAGAGAAUACAUAGGUAAAUGUUAUAAAUCCAUAAUAACUUUGGUAAUAUUUUUUAUUUAUAAUUUAUAUUUUUAAUAAUAUAUUAUAUCAUCCAAAUUUGAAUUAACAUAUUUUAGAUAACACAUUUAAUGAAAAUUUAACAUAUAUUAAUUAAACAUAUAAAAUUUCUUUUAGCAUGACGUUAAGUGUUAUUCAAUAUACAGAAUUAUACAAACCUAUCAAAUUAUAAUACCAAAUAGCUACACCAUAGCUUUAAUCGAAAAUGUCAUAUUUAAGCAACAGUUUUGCAUAAAAUAAAUAAAAUAUUUCUUCUAGUUGAGAUUUUCCAUUUUUGUAGAUUGACGAUAAUUUUGGAGAGAUGUGUCGUAUCUUGAGCUAUUAUAAUUAGUUUAAUGAAGGUGUAUUUUUAAGAUCUAGAAAUUAUCCUCUAUAUCCUUUUUUAUCAUGAUCAUUUAUUUCAUCUCAAGUAUCUUAGAAUAUGUUUAUUUGCACUAUUCACUACAUGCUCUGAAAUCUCCCAAACAACCUCAAGUCAGACGGUUAUAUUCGUCUUACUUCUUUUGCACUCUCUCUGUCUACUAAAUCUCUAUUUAUA